AAGAAAACCCCAGAGAGAGAAAGAUCAGAGAGGAGUGAGCUGCAAUUGCUGCUGUUUCUUCUGUUGCUUUUAGGCCAUGGCGGCGUGGCAGACCUGUAAUUCUACACUACUAACUUCUUCUACUGUCUCUUAAAUGCUCCCCCCCAUCACCCCUAAACCUCUCUCUCUCUAAAAAGUCUUCUCAUCUCACUUUGUUCUGUCCAAGAAAAAAGCUGCAAUUUCUCAUUUCUUCUGCAGAUUCAAUCACUCCCCCCAGGCCCCGGGCCACAUAGAUAUAGAAUUAUAGAUAGAUAGAUACAAACAAAUUUUUUGCUCUCUUUUUUUUGAUUAAUGAUUGUGUUGUGUUUUUGUGACUGUAACCCCGAAUUUACGACAAGAUCAGAAACCCUCUAAGAGCAUCAAUAUUGGUUGAGGUUUUUUCUCCAGUUUUUUUUUCUGAGCUGUCUAAAAUGGCGGGUUUCUUUUCCCUGAGCGGUGGCGGUGGCGGAGGAAGAGGAGGCGCCACCGCUAACAGCCAGGACCACCGGGAAAGCAGCAGCCAACCCAACGAAAUCAACCCGGAAAGUUGGUUUCUCUACCGGAACGACCAGGAAAUGGCGCCGGCGGCAUACAAAGGCUUCGAGCUCUGGCAAGAUCAACCGGCGGCGGCGCAUCAAAUUCGCCACCACCACCAAAUCAACCCAUUGCAAGAUCUUUACUCCUCCGCCGUGGGCCUCGGCGUGGGGCCGAGCCGCAGCGCCGCCGCCGCCGCGAUCGACGAGCAUUCCAGGUCGGCGGCGUUCAUGACCAUGAUGCGCACCGGCGCCGGCUCAGCCGCCGCCGGCGGGAUCAGCUGCCAGGACUGCGGCAAUCAAGCCAAGAAAGACUGCUCUCACAUGCGGUGUAGGACUUGCUGUAAGAGCCGCGGGUUUCAGUGCCAAACCCACGUCAAGAGCACCUGGGUCCCGGCGGCGAAACGCCGCGAACGGCAGCAACAACUCGCCGCGUUACAACAAUCCCAAGAAAAUAACAAUAAUCAGCAAAGCCUUCAGCUUCGCAGUAGCAGCAGCAGAGAAUUAACCCCCAAAAGACACAGAGAAGAUCCAUCCACUAAUAAUUCCUCUCUUGUUUGUGCCCGUUUGCCCUCAUCCACACCUGGGUUAGAAGUGGGGAAUUUUCCGGCGAAAGUGAGUCUCACGGCGGCAUUCCAGUGCGUGCGGAUGAGGUCGGUGGACGACGGGGACGAUCAGUACGCGUACCAAGCGGCGGUGAAUAUAGGCGGCCACGUGUUCAAGGGAAUUCUGUACGACGAAGGGCCGGAGAGCCAGUAUUUGACGGCGGGGGAGAGCUCUUCCGGCGGCGGCAGCGGCGGCACCGCCGCGGCCGAACACAAUUUGCUCCCUAGCACCGCCGCAACCUCCGCCGCCACUACGGCGGCGGCGACGGCGAGUGAUCAUCAAGGAUCGGGGUAUGUGGACCCCGCUUCUAUAUAUCCUGCUCCGCUUAGCACAUUCAUGGCUGGUACGUUCUUCCCACCUCCUGCAAGAUCUUAGAUCACAUUCUCUCAGAAGGCCAAACCAAAAAAAAAAAAAAGGAAAAAAAAAAAGAAAUUAUAUUUAGGAUUCGACAAAAAAGGAGAAAAACGCGGGUACUAUGUCUGGUUUAUUUUCCACUUCAAAUUUCUAUGACAAGUUGAAUUUUUGUUUUAUAUAAUUAUAUAUAUAAAUACUCUUUUCAUUUUGAAUUGAAAUCAUUAUAUUU